CUUGAACAGAUGUGUGGAGGGCUUACUUGAAAUGUCUUUGGAUAUAGGGAAACUCUUGAAAAAGAAUAUGAAAAUGCAAAAGGCAAAUAGUGACUCUUUUUGGAUGAAUCUAUUUCAACUCCUCUUUUUUGCCAACGUCAGUCAAGGGUUUCCAUUUCGUUGUCCUUCUCGAAUCAGAGAGAGGAGAGCUCUCGCUUCUCUCUAAAGCCUAGCGGCCUUCUCCCCUCUGUUGAGAUUUUCCACCGUCUGGGAUUGGAGCGGCAGAUUAUUCUGAUAUUAAGUGUUCUGAUGCUUGGGAUUACAACUAUGUCGGAGGAGAUAACACUGGUGGAUGAACGGAUUGCAGAUGAGAUUUUGUAUCGGUGUUGGGUCAUGAAGUCUUAGUCGGCCGUUUCGACGAUGGUUGAGUUUGUAUUCAUACAUAUUACAAGAGAUCGUCCUUCUCCAGAACCACCUCCAUACCAGGAAGAGUGUUGCGGAAAGAAUUUAUUGCAAUAUUAUUUUCUCUUUAGUAGUGUUAGUUUUAGUUUUAGUCAGAGUGGAUUUGGUUUAAAUGUUUGGAUUUUUGGAGUUAUUUUGAUAGACAGGGUUUCCGAUAUGUUCGUUUUAGGCUUAAAUUUGUCCGUUUCAGGUUUAGCGAGUCAGGUUGCUUUGUAUGAGGUGACUGAUUCUAUGUCUACUCCUAGGGUUCACGAUUGAAUCUGUAAAAUCUGUCUGAAGAUUGUCUUGUAUGCGUUCUUGAUUUUAAUAUAAAGUCGGAUAUAAAAAAACAUUUAUUUAAGAAUUUGUGCUAUUUUGUUAAAUAAGUAGCACAUAAAUCGG